AUGAAUUUUUCUGCGUUUCCUGAGAGCACUUUAAGGAAAGGCGUUCAUAGGCAAAGAACUAUCGAACAGACAAAAGAAAAUAGUGGAAUAACUAAAUUUUUUUUAAAAGAUUUAAUAAAGGAAUCUCUUCUUGAAAAUGAUGAUAUUUCAGAGGGAAAUAAAACACGGAAUACUGAAAAAAAAUUUAAUGAGCAUGACAAACACCAAUCAUUUAAUGUGUCAUAUACAUGGGAAACUGAUGCAAUAAGUGGACUAAAAUUUAUUAAUGUUUUAAAUAAGCAAGAUAAAAAAAAACUUGGAUUUCAAUGUAUUUAUUGUAGAGAUAAACAACUUUUUAAAAAGAAAAGCAGUGUCUUAUACCAUAUGGUUACGUUUAAUCAUGGGUUAAAAUCCAGUGUUGUAGAAGAUUUAAAGUUUAAUGAGAGAAAUUCAUAUGAAAGACUAAACUUUAUUAACAAUUUAAAUAUGAGCAAAGGGAUUGAAAUUGGGGGAGAAAAGAGAACAGAAAACGAAAGAAAGGAAGAAACCGAUAUAUCAAAAAACAGUUUCAAUGAUUACAAAGUUAUUAAACUAGAAAUAAAAUUUGUUUCUACUUUGAAUUUAUUAACAUAUGAAGAGCUAAUAUCAUUAUAUGUAUACUUUUUUCCUGAAAAAGUAUUUUCAAUUAAUGAGCAUGUAAAUAAAGAAAGCAUUAUUGAAGAUUUUUUAUUGAGUAUAAAUUUGGUUUCAAAAAAAUAUUCCAAGACAAUUAAAGAUGCAUAUAGCCAAUCAGCUAUUACUAAAGAUGCAAAGUAUAUCUCAGUAAAUGAAUAUUUGAAGGAAUUAAAAUAUUCUUUAGAAGUAGAUAAGAAUUUAAAAUGUGAAGAUGAGUUAGACAACGAGAUAACUAAUAAUGAUAUGAGCAUUGAAAAUCAAAAUCCUGAGAAUGUAAUAAUUGCAAAUAAAGAAGAUAAAAAAGAAGACGUAGAAAUAAAUAAUUCAAAUGAUUCGAUAAACGAAGGUGCGAACAUAAGUCAAAUAAAUGAAUUAGAAAAGAAGCAGGAAGAUAACAUCCAAAAUGAAACCAAUGAACAAACAGAGAAAAUAAAAAACAAAUUAGAAACGGAAAUAUUAGAUUCAAAGAAUAGUAUAUUAAUAAAUAUAAAUGAUUAUAAUAUUUUUAAGCAUAAUGAUAAAUUAUUCAUUAACUUAUCUGAACAUAAUAAAACAAAUGACAACGAAAAUGACGAUAAAAAUAAAUGUUUAAUGAUUAAUAAUGAGGACAAUAACAAACCUAAUGAGAAUCGGGAUAUAUUGGAUAAAAGCACUAAAUUAAAUGAAAUUGUUUCAUUUGUGAAUACAAACAAUUAUGAACAAAAUAUACAAAUCGAUGAAGCACAGAAAAACAUGCUUAGUAUUUUAUUGAACACUACAAAAAAGACUAGAAAAUAUACAAGAGUAAAUAAUGUAAACAAAAAUAGUGUAACUAAUAUUCGUAAAAAAGCACGAAUAAAUGAAAACAAAAUUAAUUUAACAAAUUUAAAAUUAAAAGAACAAAUAAAUCAAGGGUAUAUCGAUAAGGAAACUUUACUUCUUGCUUUGUUGGAGGACAGAAUGGGACAUGGAAACAAUAGAAAUGUAAUCGAUAAAAAUGAGGGUAAACAAUUUGUGGGGGCAUUAGACGAACAGAAAGAAGAUGAAAAAAAUGUUGCCACAAUAAAUCCGUCACAAAAUAUAGUAAACUUAAUAAAGGGAAUUUCAAAUGAUGAAAAUAAAGAUAUGCAUUCUAAAAAUCAAAAUGAUAAUGCAGAAUAUAAUAAUAAAAACAAUUUUAUAGAAAAUGCCAUUAAUGACUCGAAGUGUCCCUUAAUUGUAUCGAAUAUGAAAACCAUAGAUGAUGAUAAUAAUAAUAAUAUUAGUUAUGAUAAAGAAGAUGUAGAAAAUGUAGAAAAUGCAGAAAAUGUAGAAAAUAUUUCUAUUGGCAAACCUGUUUGUACAGAUAAAGGAAAUUGUGAUGUCAUAGUGCGAAGUGAUACCAAUAAAAGUGAACAAAACAUGGAUAAUAUAGCUGAAUUGAAAAAACAACACACAAUAGAAAAUAAUGAAAUAAAAGAAAUAAAAAACGCAUGCACCAACAUGAAUAAUACUAGUAUAUGUGAGGAAACACAAAGCAUUAUGAUUCAUACUGAGAAUAAUGUUGCAAUAGGAAAUGAAAAAUAUAAAUGCAAUAAUAAUGUUAAUCGUAUGAAUACUAGGGGAAACAAAUAUAGAAAUUCAAUGUGUACUAAUAAUGUAAACAAAAUUAAAAAGACAUAUAAAAUUAAUAAUAAGCAAAAAUUGAAACAAAUCAAAAUAAAACAAUCAUUUUAUAAAAAAAAAAAAAAAUCAAAGAGUGAUCAUUGUGAAAUCGUUGUAGAUGAUAAUAAAGGUGUUGCAGCAAAUAAAAAGAAAGCAAAACCGGGAAUAGAAGUGAACGAAAAGAUAAAAAGGUUUGUGAAAAGUACCAAACGUUGUUAUAAAUCGGAUAAAAAACAUAUAAAUGCACCUAUUGGAAACAUGUAUAUUAAAAAAUCAAAAAAAAGAAGACCCGAAAACCUAUCUACUUUUUUAAAAAAAGAAGUUAAGGAGUUAUGUGGUUUGUCCAAUGACAACAUAAUUAAAUACGAGAAUGUUAAUUUUUUUGGCGCACGGCCCCAUAGAUUAUCUAGAUAUAUAAAGAAAUGA